AUGAGUCGCUACGAUAGUCGUACCGGAGAUUCCACUUCGUACCGUGACCGUCGAAGUGAUUCUGGGUUUGGUGGAGCUUCAACAUAUGGACAUACAUCAAGCAAAAGGGAUAAUGAUGGCAAUGAAUCACCAAGGAAGCUAGAUUUGGAUGGUUUGACUCCUUUUGAGAAGAAUUUCUAUGUUGAGUCUCCUGUUGUGGCAGCUAUGACAGAUGCAGAAGUUGAGGAAUAUCGGAGAUUGAGGGAGAUUACUGUCGAAGGUCGAGAUAUUCCAAAACCCGUCAAGAGUUUUCGUGAUGUUGGGUUUCCUGAUUAUGUUUUGGAAGAGAUUAAGAAGGCUGGUUUUACUGAACCUACGCCUAUACAAUCUCAGGGGUGGCCAAUGGCGUUGAGAGGACGUGAUCUCAUCGGCAUUGCUGAAACUGGUUCGGGAAAGACACUUUCUUACUUACUUCCUGCAAUAGUCCAUGUGAAUGCCCAACCGAUUCUAUCUCCUGGGGAUGGCCCAAUCGUCUUGGUUCUUGCUCCAACACGUGAACUGGCUGUGCAGAUACAGCAAGAAGCGUCUAAAUUUGGUUCAUCGUCAAAAAUUAAGAGUACUUGCAUCUAUGGUGGAGUUCCAAAAGGGCCUCAAGUGCGUGAUCUUCAGAAAGGUGUGGAAAUCGUUAUAGCUACUCCUGGGAGGUUAAUAGACAUGAUGGAGUCAAACAACACAAACCUGCGAAGAGUUACUUAUCUAGUUCUGGAUGAAGCUGAUCGAAUGCUGGAUAUGGGGUUUGAUCCUCAAAUUCGAAAAAUUGUUUCACACAUUCGGCCAGACCGUCAAACUCUGUACUGGAGUGCUACUUGGCCUAAGGAAGUGGAACAGCUAUCGAAGAAGUUUCUUUAUAACCCAUACAAAGUGAUCAUUGGAUCUUCUGAUUUAAAAGCUAACCGUGCAAUCCGUCAAAUUGUUGAUGUCAUUUCCGAAAGCCAAAAGUAUAACAAGUUGGUGAAGCUACUUGAAGACAUAAUGGAUGGAAGCAGAAUUCUUGUCUUCCUUGAUACAAAAAAGGGAUGUGACCAAAUCACUCGUCAGCUUCGCAUGGAUGGUUGGCCUGCUUUGUCAAUACAUGGUGAUAAAAGUCAAGCCGAGAGAGAUUGGGUUCUUUCUGAGUUUAGAUCAGGCAAAAGCCCUAUAAUGACUGCUACAGAUGUUGCAGCUCGUGGAUUAGACGUGAAAGAUGUGAUGUAUGUGAUAAACUACGACUUCCCUGGAUCACUAGAGGAUUACGUUCAUAGGAUUGGACGAACGGGUAGAGCAGGGGCUAAAGGAACAGCUUACACUUUCUUCACAGUCGCGAAUGCAAGAUUCGCCAAAGAACUUAUCAACAUACUCGAAGAAGCUGGACAGAAAGUAAGCUCCGAAUUAUCAUCAAUGGGUCGCAGCACCGCUCCUCCUCCUCCAGGGCUUGGAGGAUUUAGAGACCGUGGGAGUAGAAGAGGAUGGAGCUAA